AAGUGAAUAGUGGUGAUGUUUCUAUUAUUUCUUACGUGAAACGGUUUAGUACUUGCGUGUCUGAUUGAAAAUGGUGUUAAGAAUUCUACAAUAUUUCAUGAACCACCAACAAUUGGUAGACAAAUUGGCGCAAUCGAGUUUUAUGAAAACAAUUGCACGGUUCGUUGUUCAUAAGGCAAUUCGUGCGAAAUCAUUGACAGAAGAUAUGAAAUCUGAACAGUUAGAAAAAACUCUGAAAAACAUCACCGAAAAGCUUAAGGACACGAAGAACAAGCUCGAUGGUAAACAGUGAAUACGUCAAUUUGUUGUAGACUGUUGAAUACCUAUCUACCUAUUUCGGGACCUAUAUUCUAUUUAGUUGUACAAUGAAAGACCAUUCGAUAAUAUUUGUGGGGUCGGAGCCUUUGAAAGACAAGGAUUCAGUGACCCGCGCCUUAUCGUAUUUCACAAUGCCUGCUGAUGAUCUGCCAAAACGGAUAUUGCUAUCAUUCACACCACCACUCCACUCUAGAUUUGUGUACGUAGACUUCUUGGGACCGUGUUUGGCGUUCAUACUAUUGGCCACAAUACUUGGCUACGGACAUGCCUACAAAACUCCAUCAGCCGUUUAUCACAGGUCACCCACCGAAGUGUUGGCCGUAUACUGCCUAUCGAUGCCAGCAAUUUGUUAUAUAUUAACCCGUUUAGGAAAGUCUAGUAUAUCUUUUUUGCAGAUAUUGUCAUUAUUAGGAUACGGUCUUUAUGGUUAUGUGUUUACUCUUGUUAUUAGUUUUAUAUCGGAUGAAACAAAUAAUGUAAUAUUUUAUCUGGCCAUGAUACUGUUUACUGGCACUAGCGUCUUUAGAACAUGUCUUAUAAUAUUACUAACAAUUAAAUUACCUGCCAUCAGACUAUUAGUUUGCAGUAUCAUUGCUAUUUUACAAACACUGUUUGUUGUAUUUUUGUAUUUUACGUUUGUUCAUUCAAGCUUUGCUUUCCGCAAACAUUAGACAUUUAAAAAUUUACUUGUUGAUUAGAUCUAAAUGUAAAAUAAACUAAUGUGCACAUUUAAAGUUA